UCUCAUGCAGGCGCGCGAGAGGGAUUGUGCGUGCGCGCGCUUGGCACGGCGCCGCGCACUCCAGCCACUGUGUAUAGUAACCCAGAGCAGUGGAGCUCUCAGCUAGACAUGGCGGCCGAUCCUAAGCCGGACUGGCUCUCCAGCCUUCCCUCUUCUUGGAGUUAUGGGGUGACUCGGGAUGGACGCAUAUUCUUCAUCAACGAAGAAGCAAAGAGCACAACCUGGUUACAUCCUGUUACUGGAGAAGCUGUAAUCACGGGGCACAGAAAAACUCCAGAUUUACCAACAGGAUGGGAGGAAGGAUACACAUUCGAGGGAGCUCGCUGCUUCAUCAAAGAUCCUGCUCACCUGUCAUGCAGCUACAGCCUCUGUAAACCUUCACCGCAGAGCUCCUGGGCUGAGAGAGAAAUCCAUGAGUGUUUAGCUUGUGAGAGAAGAUUUUCAAGGAGUGACCUGGCUUCUAACUGGGAGUUCAAGAAACCCCUUGGCAACCUUUCUGUGAGCACACGGAGAGAACCAGGUGACCAACAUGGUGAAGCAGCGGGCAGCCAUACCUGUCAGGCCAAACAACCUUGGACCUGGAAGUGACGCACCAGUGAUGACAGGCGCAAAAGGAAGAGCCGGUGGAAGGAUGGUCGCUUUUAUACCGGCCCAUCUCAUGACGGCCACCAGUGGCGCUAAAUACAAGCAGUGGCACUAAAUAACAUAGAUGGCACAUCUAUGCUGCUACAUUUAGAUUAUGUGUUUCAAAGACAACUGUGUAUUGUGUACGUAACAGAGCGCAAUACGAGUUAAAAUUGUAAUUUCCAAUAGUGACAAGCAAUAUUUAUGUGCUUUACUAAAUUUACACAAGCACUACGAGUGGUCAGGAGCAGGAGUAGAUUUUUUUUAGUAGCUACGAAAAGAUCGGAGCUACUAAAAUAUUGACGAAUGCGUACAUGCACGUAAAUUUCUGUCUGUGAACAGUUUACACACAAUUUCCUUCUGCUCACGUUUCAUGAAUGAGACCCAAUGUGGGUAAGUGUUGACAUGCAUCAGAUGUAGAGCUCAGCUUAUUAAUUUGCCAGGUCAGCAUACUGACCUGAUAUUAGCUUAUUGCUGUAUAUGUCAGCGGAUAUAUAAGAAUAUAAGAAAUGAUUGUAUAGAAAACUACAUUUAAUGUAAUUUAGAAACAGUGUCUCCAUUACCUAUAAUGUGAAAUAUUUGACUGUACAUUUACAGUAAAUUACUGGCUACUAGUCGAUCACUUUCACUGUAAGUUAAAGUAAAUUGUGGUGAAAUGACAGCUGUAUACUGUGAUCUCACAGAAGUUAUGCCUGCAUAUUACUGUGAUUCAGCAGUAUGUUCCUGUAAAAUUACUAUAUUUAACUGUAACCUCACAGUUAAAACCCAUUAAACCACUGUAUUACAGUAGGUUCCUGUAAACUAUUUUAUUUAUUCUAUUGAUAUUAUUACUUAUUUGGAAUUUUACUGUAACUUCACAGUGUAUGUACAUUGGAUUACUGUGAUUUAGCACUAUGCACCUGUAGAAUUACUGUAUUUCACUGUAAUCUUACAUGUAUACCCCAUGUAUUACUUUGAUUUAGCAGUAUAUUUCUGUAAAAUUACUACAUCUACCUGCAUGAGUUUCAUAAAGAUUGAUAUCAUAGUUGCAGCCUUUAAGGUGAUAAUAAUGUAAUUUAUUGUGAAAUAUUACAGGUACAUAUUGUAACUCUGGAAAUAAUUUGCAGUGUAGUCUGCCUACCAAAGAGUGCUGACAAGUAGACUUUUACACUGUAAGAUGUCCUGUUCAAUAUGUAUCAUGGUCACAAUUCUUAACACAACAACAACAACAACAAAAAUCAAACAUACCUGAAUUUAAAUUGUUCAUAUUACUGUACUUGUUGAUGGGGGGAAAAAAGUACUUAAAGGUUUAGCGUGUGAUUUAAAGGGAUUUAGUGACAUCUAGCAGUGAGGAUUGCAGAUUGCAACCAGCUAAAACUUCUCCCGGUUAGCAUUCAUUGAGUGUUCAUUGUUCAGGAGGUUUUUACUAGUAGCAAAAUUAUCCACAGAGAUCUCUUCCUCUUGAAAACAAACGGAGCAGCUGAUUUAAACUGGUAAAAAUGCUGAAUAAAGUAGGGAUGCACGAUAUUGGAUAUUUUGCCAAUAUCCGAUAUGCUGAUAUGUAACAACUUAUUUGGCCGAUAACCAAUACAGAUAUUGAUAUAUCCACUUUUUUCCCCACCUAAUUUUAGUGAUCAUCAAGUUGUUUUUUUGUAGUGGAAUUAACAUCACAUUAUGCAUGCAUACUUUUAUCAUGAUGGCCCUCCAGCAGAUGGAGACAUGAAAUGCAAUACUUUUCAAUGUAUGUAAUAUUCAUUCAUUGUGCAAAAUAAGAAAAAUAUUAUCGGCCAAUACCAAUGACGUACCAAUAUUACCAGCAUGUUGAUUCUGAUUGGUUCAUUUUAAAGCCACUAUCAGCCAUUACUGAUGACAUGCCAAUAUUAUCAUGCAUCCCGAGAAUGAAGCAGUUUUAUGUUACAAAUCAGUGUGUCUCAGAUGCUGCUCAUUGCAGAAGGGCUGCUGACUAUUGUGGCUAACAUGAAAACGCAAAAUAGCCAAUGCCCCUAACUGGAGUCAGUGUUUUUGGUAUUGUUGCUUUUACUGAAGGAUCUGAAUACUUUCCAGUACAUUAUCCAGGUUGUAAUUUUUAAGGUAGUGGUAGGUUAACCUAUUUGCCAUCUAGUUUUUCUAGUAUACCAAAAGAUUCCUUUUAGGCUAUGCAAUAUGUGUAUUAUUCAUUAGCCAUUUGGAACUAGAGGCUAUGCUGCUGCAUUUAGCCUCCAUGUGGAACUGGAGGCUAAAUGCAGCAGCAUACUUUCUUCGCAGCAUGAGUGUCAAAUUAUUUUCUCAUAUGAACAAUAACAUAUUUUUAAGGAAGAUAUGGUUGUAACAUAUUAACAUGUAAACAUGUCUGUUAGUGAGUUUGCCUGUGAGCCUGACAGCUGGAUAUUUCAAAAAAGUGCAUUACCAAUACCUUUGCUGGAGUGGUAGGCCUUGAGCCAAAGAGAAAAGUCAAGGAAUUGAUUCAACUUCAAAUUGAAGCCAAAUGAGUGAUGUCUACAGGAGGAAAACUAAAUUGGAGAGUUGUUGUCAGAGUGCCUUCUUGUUUUGAAAGAGUGGGCAUUGGUUAUUGUUUUUGUGUGGAUAUUUCAUUUCAAAAUGAGACUUGUCUCAGAGUUUUUAUGCAGCUUAUUCUUUGUUCCACACAUGGCUGAUUCUGCAGGCCUCUCACUCCAUCUCUGCAGACAGUCUGACACCCGAUCAAACUUCUGACCUGAAAACAUAAAUGGUCUCGUCCACUCUCACAGCAGCCAGAGUCAUUGAGCUCCAAAGACACUGCUAACCCCAUUUAGCCUGAUGCUCUCUGAAAAUGACCCUCCUUAUUCUGACUCAGUUGAUCGGAGGUGUCCAGAUAUUUGUAUGUAGGCCACUACUGCAGGGAAUUGACUGCUGAGUGAUGCUGCACUAUAGAUUGAACUGGAAUCAGGCCACAAAUACCACCAGCCACCACAAUUUGGGAUCUUUUCUUUAAUCAGUCAGUUAGGAUCCUGGCGCUAAAUAUGAUCAUGUGGUUGAGAAGGUUUUGCAACCCCCAUGGCUCAUUGAAUGGGUUACUAAUCCAUGGGAUAAGGGAUGCACAAUAUUGGAUUAUUAGCCAAUAUGUGAUAUGCUGAUAUAUAACAUAUUUGGCCAAUAACCAAUACAGAUAUCAAAAUACCCACUUUUUCCCACUUAAUUUUAGUAAUCAAGUCUCUUCUGUAGUCAAAUUAACAGAUUCUGAUAGUUCAUUUUAAAGCCAAUAUUGGCCGAUACUAAUAACAUGCUGAUAUUACCAUGCAUCGCUAAUUUUAUCCAUGACUUAAAGGUUCUCUAACCUUGACGAAGUAGAUCUUUUGAACCUAAAGCUGGAUCUUUUCCUAACCCUAACCAAGUGGUUGGUUUUUGUGUUAACUCCUCACCUUAACUCUAGGAAAUAGCCAUAUAAAUGAAUAACUUACCUAAGGAACUGCUUAAGGCAAUGAGAAACAACUUAUUUGUUAUCUUGAACUUUUAGAAAAGAAGAAGAAGGUCCACAGACGAAAUGCUUGAAAUGUGUCACUGGUUUUUUUUUUGUUUUUGGUUUUUUUUUGGGAUGUGCUAAAUAAAUUUAUAUUGCACUUCAACUGGGAGCAAAAAGUGUGCGGACCUUCCUCUUCUUUUCUGACUGCCCUUUUUUUUUUUUUGGGUCCAGCACCUGUCUUAAGGCCAAAACACGCCGGCGCCGUAUGAUGUGCGUCAAAACAGCCACCCCCAUUAUUUUCUAUUUACAAACCCAUACCGACGGCACCGCGGCACUUUACGCUAUUGUCCUAUUUUUCCAGCGUCGCUGCCCUUCAAAAAGCGCUAUUUUGUACUUCCCAGCUCCCAUAGUAGCAGAUCUGUUUUCAAGUUAUUAAUAACACAAAGACAACUACAGUAAGCUAGUUUCUACAACAAGCUGGCUUGUCUAGUUUUCGUGGUCGUCCUGCGUUGUGUGUUUUCUUCUUGCGCCCGUCUUCUUCCUCGUCUUUUGUUCUAAUUGGCGGUUUGCAACCAGUACUACCACCUAGCGGACUGGAGUGUGCAGUAGAAGUCCGGUUGAUGCCCUGCAACAUGACGCUUUUUGUGUGUGUUGGGGGCGGCACUUGACUCGCGUCAAUGACGCCGCCGUCAUAUGACGCCGCCGUCAUAUGACGCCGCCGAUGUGUUUUGGCCUUUACUGGAUGUGCGCUGCUUCCAUUAUUUUGAACUUUUGAAAUCUAUUGUCAUUUAGAUUCAGGAUUAACCUUGUGCUUUUGGUUUCCUGACGAGUGUUUACCCAAGGGUACACCACUUCAUCUGACUCUUGAUGAUCACAGAUCACUUUAUUCUUUUGAGUGUUAACUAAACAUUCACAGAGUAAAUAAAAAUGUAUGAUCCACACACCGACGUAAGGCAAGUACUUGGCAGUAAGUACUCGGCUCUAAUUUGGAACCGAUUUUCGGUUCCCAACCCCACAGAUCUCCCGCAGCAUCACUCAACACUGCAGGAAGAUCAAAAGUUCUCCAAGCUACUGUAUCAUAUUGUGAAUGUUUCAUAGCAAAUGCUACAUGAAGUAGCUCAGAAAGAACAGAUUUCUACUCAGUGAACCCCUAAAGUUGUCCCUCCAUUGAGAUACCCAACACAAGGAAGAAGCAAUAGUUCUAAUACAAUCUCUGAUAGCUCACAUGGAGAACAAAUUAGUGCUUGACAGAUAUGGGAUUUUUUUGUUACUGAUUUUAGAGGGGAAAAUUUCCCAGAUUACCAAUAUUGCGGCUGAUGUAGUGGAUUUUUGAGCUGGAAUAGAAAUAGAUCUUUUCUGUGUAUAUUGCUCACCAGUUUUGCCCCAAUAUGACUAUGAGCAGGAUGAGCAAUCGGCUGCUGAAGACUUUCAGCCUUAACACAGACUUGGAUUUAAUGGAAGGAAAGAGAAUUUAGUUUGUGGUGGUUUUAAAUUUUUAAAAGUAAGAUCUCUUUCCAAUAUCAGUUUUGUUGUUUCUCUGAGUAACCCCUCAGGAGACACUACCAACAGUUUUCAUAGAGACGAUUUCUUUCGAAAGUCGUGUCAGGGGCGCUACUUCUGCAAAGACUUUGCUGCUGUUGACUUCUUUUCUGAGGCAUUCAUCAGAAUAUUGGGACUGCAUGAUACUGGAAAAAACUGACAUUGUGAGAUCUGUAUUAUUUUGGAAAGAAUAAAUCAUUCUAGAUAGCUGUGGACUCUAUCUCUAUAUAACUGGUUGUAGUGUACCAAUCACAAAAGCAGGUGAGCACUGGAAUUAUGGAGGGGAAAUUAGGCAGUUUAAUGCAGGUUCUCACACCAUUACACCAUUGUAUUCACCAUUGUACUCAUAUUGUACUCUCUGAUCAAUUCAGAUUAAAGUCAGUGAUCUAACAUAUCCUGUGAUUUGCUGUGCAUGCAGAGCAUGCAUGUCCCUUUCAAGCAACAAACUCUUGGGCCUUUCCCACUGUCACUUUUGACCCUGCUGAAUCAGGUCAUGCCACUGCAAUUUGCAUUUCCAUUAUCAGUUCAGAGGUGCUGUGCCACACUGAGCUGGUCCAGAAGUCGGGCUGCCCUCAAGCAGGCAGCGGAGACGUCUCGCUAAAGCUCUGUGUGUUGCAAGACUGUACUUACCUCUGUCUGCAGGAGACCAGAGAGAAAGCAGGCAUGAAAAUCACUCACCUUUCGGCGAAAUUCGCCGUUUUGAAUACAAAAUAGGUGACCUAUGGAAUCGUGUAGAUCCGAUGAGAAAAUAUUUUUGGGGGGAGCUCUGUGGAGCGAAGCCACAGAAAAAAGACAUAGCGAACAUAUGCGUGCGGGCAUUUCAUUUUUUCCUGUGGAUGCAUGUAAUAACGUUAAGUGGUGCUCCCAGUCCCAAGGACAGGAAGCUGAGGGACAGACUAACCACAGUCGUGAUGAGGAGGAGGAUAAGACCAGAAAUAGGACAGGUGCGAUGUGAAGGCAUAGCCUACUAUGCAUUACAUUUUAGCCAGAGGAAAACCUUUUUAGUAGUACUAAGUGGGAUUUUUUUGUUGUAGUAAUAAGUUGACUAAAAGUUGACUAUAGGGCCUAUUGCCCAAUUUAUACUUCCUUAGUUCAUGGCUGUGAGCCAUGGAGAUAUAAACUGGGGUUAUGUAAUACAAGAGCAGGGCUGGGCAGGACAGGGCAGACAAUUAUAUUGUGCAUAAAAUUAGAUGCAUUAGGAUAGAGUCAUAUGCUCUUAUUUUAAGUUAAAUAAUAAGCACAUAGCCAUUUGUGUCCCAGUCCGCCCCUGGUCUUGUCUCUUACAACAUAUGUGAACAUGUAAAGAUACUUUAUUUGCACUUAGUUAUACAUUCGUACUUUUGUUUUUGUGCAAUCUUAUAAUUCUGCAUGUGACCACCACUAGAGUACAUCUAAAAGAAAUCAGAUAUGAGCAUUUGGAAGCUCAUUUUUCCACUAAAAAACAAUCGAGGAGCAUAACCCCUGGACCCCAUAGCAGGUGCUGUGUCUCGUAUCCUUCUCACCUUUUUCACCCCAAUCCAUUUUCAUGCCUGGAAAGGCUUCUGUAAAAGUCUCUGUGUUCAGCUCUCAGAACUUUUAAUGAUAAUAAUAAUAAUAAUAAUAAUAAUAAUGAUAAUGAUAAUACUUUUUAUUUAUCAGCAUCUUUCAAGACACUCAAGGUCACUGUACUUAGAGUAUAAAUUUAAAAAAACAACACAGCAGCAAUUGUAGCUUCUGGCUGAAUCUCUGUGGUUUGGAGUUUUGUUUCUCUCCUGCAUCCUGUUUUGACUUUAGAUAUCUGCAUUAUUUUACUGUUUCAUGUUCACUUUCAGCGGAAUUAGGAGAAAUACAGACCCUCCCAUCUGAGUAGAUUUGUGUUGUUGGAAAAUUUAGUACAUCUGAAUGUAAGUAUUUUGUAGCACUGUUAAGUUGCACAUAUUUUCCUGUAUAAAGUUAUGAUUGUCAAUCAGCAGUCAGGUAGAAGACAAUUGAUCUUGCAGGUGUCAAUGAAUUAGGGUUGGGUACCAAAUUUGGGUUCACCUUCAGACAGAAGAUUAGCUCUGUGCAUGAUUAAAAAAGAGCGGCGGGGAAGAAUUUCUUUCUUUCUUUUUAGUCUAUAAUAGCCUAUGUCAUCCCUGCAGCUUGUUCAAAAAUUCAAAUAUUGUCAUUACAGACAAAGUAAGACCUCAAAAAAUGUACCAUGUACUGAAACCAGUAGCAGCAUUUGUUAUAAUGUGAAAGGUGCCUAUCUCUAUAAUAAAUGGACCUACAGCAGACACAAAGGAAUAAUCCCAUCUGAAGCAGCCUCCAUCAGUGAUGAUACUGAGAGAUGACUUUGAAUGACCUCUCCUGGGAGCCUCCAUUGUUUCCACUGUGAUACCGUGUGUAGUGUAUGAUUAUAGGGUAUGUUUGUGCCUAUACCUGCACCUCCUGGAAAGAUCAUGGUUUGUGUUUUUGGAUGUGUGUGGGAUCCCACACUGGAGGUCAUUGUACCAGAGACAAAGACAGACAUGAGGGAGAACAAUAGCAUAGCAGGGGACCAGAGCAGAGUGGAUAAGCAGAUGAAAAUGGGGGAAAUAGAAAGUGGCAACAUAAAAAUUCAGAUUUAGUUUUUCUUAUCUGCCCUCCUCUCCCCAGUCGUAUGAUUUUCAGAUUUGUUUUUUCUCAAUAAGACCUUUGUGUGGGAAAUGGAUUAUGAAACGUGGCACACUCUGAGCAACACGGGCGAGGAGAGGAGGUCUGUGUGGAACUUCAGAGGUCUGUCUCUCAGCUCCCUGCUCAGUGUUCUCCACCCAAAAACUGGAUGAUGAAUUGGUUUUGUCACCUAUUAAUAAGUGUUAGGACAAGUGUUUCACAGAGUGCAUUCUCAGCCAAGUAUUAUCCUUUCAUUCAGCUUGGAUUUGACCUGUUUGGUCACUGCUGUUGGAUACUUUGUACGUUUCUAUUUCAGGAAUACAAAGAAUUCAUUUUCUGUCAAUACUCUUUGAACCCUGAUAUUUUUCUUUAAUUGUCUAACAAAAUGUGCACAAAUUUGCAAUGAUUUCCAGAACAGAAAUGUGAACAUUAGAUAUAACUAGGUUCAAAAUUCUUUUUACAGAGGGAAUUCUGGAUUUUUUUUAUGUCACUCCAUAAAUCAGAAAAUACUGUCAACAAAAUAAAAAAAGAUAAAAAAAAAAAAAAAAAUCAGUUUAAUCAGGCUAUGAGUUAUAUACAGUAUGAACAAGCCCCUCUGUAAAAAACCUUUAGAGCAUAGACGGGAAUAAAACUGGAAAAUGUGAUGUAUGUAAGUGCUACUGGUUUUGCUAUUUCAGGCUCAGUGUAUGAGAAAAAAACUAACUUUAAGAAUCCUUUUAAAAUUGACAACUCACUGCCAUGGGAAGUCGUUGUUUUAAUGAUCCUGUUUAAAUGCAUCUAAAAUAAGAACCACAAUAGUAAGAGCAUUUUGAGGUUUUGGGUGAUGUGGGGCCAGAAAUGAGCAUAUGUCAAAAACUAAUACCAUAUAUAGUUGAAGUAAGUAAUGGAGUGUUGUGAAAUACUUUGUUUCUACAUUUAAAAAAUUGUUUGGAUCAAUAUGCUUUUUUUAAUCUUGUAAAAGCUGACAAAAAUACUUUGCUUUUUUCUUAAUGUAAUAAUUUCAAUACUUUCACCUAAUAUUAUUGUUUAUUGCUAUACAUAACUUUUAGCUUAGGUUGUACAGAUUGUAGUGAUAUGAAGCAUUUGAAGAUACUCCAAGGAAUGACAUCACAAUAAGCAAAAAUAUAAAUGUAGACACUGACAGACCAUUUCUAUUGCAGAGUUCAAAGGGUUAAAGAUUUAUAUUGUAAAAUUCCAUACAUAUUUAAACAAAAAAUAAGACAGUAGGGUAGAUAUUUUAACAGUUUUCCUCUGUGGGUGUACAGGGUCACAGCACCCAUUGGAACACCAUCAGUCUCCCAGCCUAAUGGCCUGCAGAGGCUGUACAUCUUGUGCUCCCUGUUUUCCUCUCUCUCUCCACAAACGUUCUUCAUCUUUAUACUCAGGCUCACAUAAAUAUGGGCGGCAGUUAAAUUCAAAGGCCUCAUACACAUGAUUGAAAUCAGGUGAAUAAUCAUCCAAGACUUUAAACAUCUCUUCAAUAACAACAAAGUACAUUUUCUAUAGGUUACUAUACUCUCUCCAAAUGUCACACUAGAGGCCGACACUGUUGUGUUACAUGUCAUGCCCGUCACGCUUAUUUUUUAUUCUGCAAAGCAGCAGUAUAGUGUAUAAUCACACACUGGAGCGGAAUGAUGCCAACAUCAUUUGGUUCUGUGUAAAAAUGCAAAGGAGGCAUAAAAAAGGGACUUCAUAGUGGCUCUAUAGCGCCAUCUCUGUGUCAAAAGGACAAGUGUGUACACACGGCCCUGCAGUCUCAUGCCCUUUUAUGGGGAUAUGUGGGCAUUUACCUAUGCUAAUUCGGAUCCCCUGGCAUGCACUGUCAACUUAAGAGGACAGUGGGAUCCAUCACUAUAAGAACACAGGUAUGAACAAUUCUGCUGUUAAAGAACAUUUGAAUCUGACAUAAACUUUUCUUAAGAACAAAUUUAGGAAACCUCUUCUGAAAAUUUUGGUGAAUAAGGCCCGUGGAGUCCAGAGUGAGACAGAACAAUCUGUGCACAUACGGGGCGAGACAGGUGGAGGAAAAGCACAAUACAAUACACACUUCACACUUCCACAGCCAGUACCAUUGUACAUUCUGUCUCACUGGAAUAGUUUACUGGAACACUUAAAGGAGAUACUGUCAAUGUCAUAAUGUUUCCUGCUAUGACAAAUCAAAAUGUCUGCAGUGAAACAGGUAUACCUGCCUGAUAUGGUUGUGUGUGAACUUGUGUGUUCAUGAUUUAUGACUCUCCCUUGGUGAUCGUAAGGAUGUGAGGUCAGAGGGACUGCAGAAUCUUUACGUACCUUCCCAAACCCUGUGCUGCUUUUGAAUGCAGCUUACUCAUUUUCACCCUGUUGUGUUUAUGUCCAUUCAGGUCAGGACUAGAGUUGGGCGGUAUCCAAAUUUUGUUACCGUAAAACCUUCCCCACAUUUUCCCGGGGGAUAUACGGUUAAUUAAACCGUAAUUAAAAAUCACUUUGAAGGGAUCAGAGGUAGUCGCCAAAAUGUCGGCUUGCGCCUAUACCGUUCAGAAACAGAAUAGCAAACAUUACAUAGGCCUAAGAAUACUGAAAAAAAUAACAACAAAAUAUGUACAACAUUAACAACUUUUAUUAACAAAUAUUUUAAAAAGUGCAAAUGCAGCAGUCAACCAAACAAUGACACAACAACAAAUUGGUCUGUGGGCUACAGUCCAUUUCCAAAAAAGUAACAAUAAAUAACAACAGCAGUAACGAAAAUUCGUGCUAUACAGCGUAUCCUCAGACCGCGAUGGGUACUGUCUUUUGGUUUAUUUUUAGAACCUAUCAACAUAAAUCAAAUAAGUUAAAAGCACAGCUCUACACCAUCCAGUACUAGGACUUAUCAAAUAAGAAAAACAGAACAAUAAAUAUUAAGGCAUAAGCAAAAAUGGGCAUAUAUAAUCCUAUCCUGAGAAGCAACAGGAAAUACUGUUCCUUGGUUUAUUUUUAGAGCCUACCUUUAGUUUGAAAAGUUCACCCUCUCCAAGUCUGAACUGUUUUGUCUGUCAGAAUAGGCUACUCCUCACUGAAAAUGAAAUAAAAACCAAGUAUAAUGAUAACUAUAGCAGCAUCACAUGCUUCAAAACUAUUCAAGGUUUUUCACUAGAAAAACCAGCAUGUUUACUUUUUCCAGCUGGAGCAGGGCAUGUAGUGGAUUGACAACUUUGGCAGCGGUGCUGAACACCCCCUCUGAUGGGAGCGUAUCUAUGUUUCCAGGGUUCUAUGUUUCCCGGGUUCGAUGUUCCCCACUUAACCCUGCAAAAAAGAUUGUAUGUUCCCCACUUACACAAAAAAGGUUCUAUGUUUCCCAGGUUCUAUGUUGCCCACUCAACCAAGCGGGAAAAAUAGAACCCUUUUUGUGUAAACGGGGAACAUAGAACCUUUUUUGCAGGGUUAAGUGGGGAACAUAGAGCCCGGGAAACAUAGAACCCUGGAACCAUAGAUGGAGAACUCUUGGCACAAAUGCACAGGUACUUUCGGGCAACCCUCGACAUCAGAGGAAAACACCUGGCCCAUCACAUUUCCACCAGAGAAGGGGGUCUUUGUCUCCCUGAAUAACAGGCUCGUGACAACAGGCAGUUAUCUCUGCUCCUGCUCGCUCUUGUAUGGUGCUGACCAGACCUCGCACCGCAUCGGCUUUUCUUUGAAGGAGACUGCCCAGUCUUUUUUUGGGUGGUUCGGGUGGCGCUUCUCCCUCUGCCACUCUGAUGGCCACUGGACCUGCUGCCGCUUGCAGAAGAUAUUAAGUUGUGUCUUUUUUGGGGACUAACUCGCUUGAUGCGCAGUUUGCCAUCUUUUCUCACGUCUGAGCUGUCACGUGACAAUGUCACACCCAAAAACUUUAUCAAAUAUCAUCUCCCGAAUCAACAGUUAAGCGAAACAUUACAGCCUACUAUUAGUUUUAAAUUGUAACAGUAUUAAAUUGAAAACUUAACCACACAUGGGCUACAUAGGUGCUGGACAAGCACUCAUUAUUUAGGCAUUUUAAAUGGCGGUAAUGAAACUGAUACCGUUGCUACUUUUAGAUACCACGGGAUACCUUAAUAUCGUAUUAUCGCCCAAUCCUAUUGUGUAGUCACUUUGUGGUCUUUUUGUGUCUCCUCCUAGUUGUGUUAAUUGAUGUGACAUUUUGCAGUCAAAGGCCAGGGGCUUGGGGAUCCAGGGGCGGUGUGGCUAACACUAUGGCCUCUUUUAAACCAAGCAGACUGGUUCAGUCCAGUUCAGUUAGGUAAACAUUAGAACUGUCAUUUUUUUGUUUCCAUUUUGAAAAGUUGUGGAUGAUACCAAUAGAACUGUCCCCAUUUUAGGUCAUCCCUCUGUUGGGGUACCUAGUACACAGAUUGGGUACUUAAAGGUGGAGCUAGAAACACUUCAGUCCGUUGACUGGUAGAGAACUGUCACCCUUGCUCAGGGCUGAGUUGUGGCUUGUUUUAAAGGUUAUUAACCACUGUUCAUACAGUGGCAAGUUUCUGCAGACGUUCCUCUAUCAGCGGUGAAGAGGAAACACGUUGAAAGUUGGACGAAGGAGUCAGUGACAACAACCCUGCCCUCACUGCAGAGUAUGGUCUACGGUAGAAACUGUAAACAAAUAUUGGCUUCGGGUACCUGUUCUAUUGUUUAUGUAUGGUUCUAAAGUUACUAUACCAAAAGGUUUUUGUGGAAAUGCAGCUUAUUGGUCCCCUGCACUGUGUAAUCAGUAAUCCAGCUCUGUAAAGGCUGAGAUGAAGCACUUGUGAAAGCUGGCUAGUGAGGGUACCCCUCAUCUCUGCAAUCACUGCUGUUUUACCUAACUGCGGACACGCCAGUCCUCAACCCAAGUUGAAUCCCAGGUACGGAACCUCCUGCCACCCAUCUGCACACUUCCUUGGGUUGGCUAUGAGCCCCUUCUGCUUCAAGGACUCAACUACUGCCACCACCCACUGCAUACGCUGCCUUCAUCUGCUACUAUGGAUGAUAACAACAUCCAGGUAGGCAGCUGAUAGGCGAAGAAGGCACAGCAGUGCCUGCACUUCCUGCGGCAGAUGAGAAGGGCCUCCCUCCCCCCUCCCAUCCUAACCACCUUCUACAGAGGGACCAUCGAGAGCCUGCUGACCAGCUGCAUCUCCGUCUGGUCUGGGAGCUGCAGGGCCUCAGACUGGAAGUCUCUGCAGAGAGUGGUGAGGACAGCGGAGAAGAUCAUCGGGACCCCGCUCCCCAACAUCCAGGACAUAGCAGAUAGCCGCUGCCUAUCCAGAGCCCACCGGAUCCUCUCUGACACCACCCACCCCCAGCAUGGACUGUUGUCCCGACUGGCGUCUGGCAGAAGGUUCCGCAGCAUCCGCUGCAGAACAGCCAGACUCAGAAACAGUUACUUCCCCCUGGCCAUCAGACUGCUAAAUGUCAAAUAACCCGACCCCCCCU